AGCGCGGGUAAGAGUGGAUAAACUUGAUGUGCGCGACGCUCGCAUCGCGAAACGAUUCGAUCGUUCCUACGAGGAGUACCUCGUCGCCCGUUCGAUUACCUCGCGAGUACUGUAAUUGAUUACUUUUUACGAGGAGUCAAAAGUCGCGAUUUGUCUCAUUUUGUUUCUCCUUUUACGUGUCUAACUAGAAAGUCGUGUUUGAAUCAUUGAGGUUAGGUGGUUAGUGGUAGAUUAUCGUUGUACGAGGUAGAGAUAGGGAGAACGAAAGAGUGUAUGCGAGUGAGUGAGUGAGAGAGGGAGAGGGAGAGAGAGAGAGAGAGAGAGAGAGAGAGAGAGAGAAGAAGAAGAAGAGAAAGGAAAAGGUCGUCUGUGGCGCUGCAGAGCUUCGCGCACAAGAAUAAUUAAAAUCAAUGUAACGACGGUGGUGCGGUGUUCUUCAAGUCACGUUCUGCGUGCGUCGGUUUUUUAAAAAGCACUACAUUUGUACGACCGACAUAGAGAGAGAGAGAGAGAUGUCGAACGGAUUGAUGCUGCCGAAUGACAAUCACGAUAUGUGCCAGACGAGUAAGGACACACAGAAUAACGUUCCUCGUCUAUCGUAUCCGUCUACGAUAUUUCUGUCCCUCUUUUCUCAUGAUGCGAUCCUACGCAGCUAGCACCACCCCGAUGGUCGUCGUUGAUGCCGCUGCAUCCAUGGAGGGGUUGCAAGGAGAACACUCCACUGGGAUGGACCAGCAGAACGUUACCAGGCCUAUAUUGAAGAGAACCGCUGAAUCUGAUCUGGAAGGUCAGUUACAGGUUGUUCCUGCACUUAAUAAUAUAGAGUAUAACUAUACCAAAAAAGCGUCACAAACAUCCACAGCCAAAGAAUGCAGUAUGUGCUUUAAACGAAUUGAAGACUGGAGCUGUCUACAAGGUAGUUGGUCAAACUGGACCUACUCAUGCUCCUAUAUUUACCAUCGCCGUGCAGAUAGAUGGACAGACUUACGAGGGCAGAGGACGUACCAAAAAGAUGGCCAAACAUGCGGCUGCGGAACUUGCUUUAAGAAAUAUAGUGCAGUUUCGUAAUACACCGGAAGUACAUCAAGCUAUUAACACGUGCCAGCCUGUCAUUCCCCUGGAACCUGAUUUCACCAGUGAUGUCACCGAGGGAGAUAAUCAUCUUGUAAAUGCAUUCAAAACGUUGACUCAAGAACCAAAAAAUACUAACAAAUUUUUGGACAAGGGUCCCGUUGCUCUCAUCAAUGAAUUAUAUCCUGGAGUUGUAUACAAAUGUAUAUCUGAUAGCGGAGAAAGCUAUGCCAAGUUUACAAUAUCUGUAACAAUCGAUGGAGAAACUUUCGAGGGAACUGGUCCGAGUAAAAAGCUGGCUAAAGCUGCGGCCAGUAAAGCGGCUUUGGCAAAAUUAAGGAACGUCCACAGUUCCUCUUUUUGCAUUCAGCUCCCUGUUCGUGUAUUACCCAACUUCUCGAAUUCCGGUCAUUGGCAGGAACAGAUGACCUUGCCACAAAUUUUGGCAGACAAAAUAGGAAAAAUGGUAAAUCAAAAAUUCACUGAACUUAUACAGAGCAAGCCACAUCAUGCUCGACGUAAAGUAUUAGCCGGCAUAGUGCAAACGAAUGGGUCGGAUGCCGAAUUAAUAUGCGUCACUACUGGUACGAAAUGCGUAUCCGGGGAUUAUUUAAGCGUAAGCGGUAGAGCUCUAAACGACUGCCAUGCGGAAGUUGUAGCACGACGAUGUCUCUGCGAAUAUUUGUACAAGCAAUUGGAGUUGCAUACCGAAAAUCGUUCUGCCGAGUCUGUCUUGGAACAUUUAAAGAAGGGCUUCAGAUUGAAGCAGGGAAUUCAGUUUCAUUUAUACAUAAAUACAGCUCCCUGCGGGGAUGCCAGAAUAUUUUCUCCUCACGAGGAAAACGAAUCAGUGGAUAAACAUCCUAACAGACGGGCCAGAGGUCAAUUAAGAACCAAGAUAGAAUCAGGAGAAGGUACGAUACCUGUGAAGAGCAGCGAAGGAAUUCAGACUUGGGAUGGUGUUCUUAUGGGACAAAGACUGCUGACGAUGUCGUGUUCAGACAAAAUAGCUCGAUGGAACGUACUUGGUGUGCAAGGUGCACUUCUAAGCCACUUCAUCGAGCCAAUUUACUUCCACAGCAUCGUUCUCGGCAGUCUGUUGAACCCUAGUCACAUGUAUCGAGCUGUUUGCGGCCGUAUCGAAAAUACUAUUCAAGGUCUACCACCGCCGUAUAGGCUCAAUAAACCAUUGAUGAGCCUCAUAACUUCGUCCGAAGUUAGGCAACCAGGCAAGGCACCGAAUUAUAGCGUAAAUUGGACUAUUGGUCAAACCGAAGCAGAAGUUAUAAAUUGUACAACCGGAAAGGACGAAUUGGGUAAACCCUCUAGAAUUUCGAAGCAGAGACUCUUCAGGAAGUUCUUCAAUCUGUUAGGUAAAUUGGAAACGAUCGACGAUGCCGAUCGGAAUCAAUGCCGUCAUUACCUCGAUGCUAAAUCAUCGGUUCAAGAUUACUCUCUUGCCAAACGUCAAUUGAAGGAUGCGUUUGUACGCGCUCAGCUCGGUAGUUGGGUAAAAAAACCGAUUGAGCAAGACAUGUUUGAAGUGGAUAUCUGACUAAAUCAGAGUAUCGAUGCGAACCCAACGAAUAGGAUAAACUCUGAGUUAGCGGAGUAUGUAGUUCCUAGUGUAAAAUAGGUCGCUCGUUCGGCGUGUCAUGCUAUGGCAGAAUUUGGCAUCAGUAAAGCAUAAAUCGUAGGAUGUUAAGAGCAAAUACUUUGACUUUGUCACCGCACGAUCCAACGACUAGUAAACAUGUCACGUUCAAAGUGUACAAUGAAUCGAUUGCUUUCGGUUUUAACCAAGAGCAAAAUCAAGUCGGUACUCUUCGAAUUUUUUGAUCUUAAAUUCUAGUCACACGUCAAUUUUUGACAGUUUCUAUAGACUGGUAGAUAGAUAAGGCAAAAAGUUUCUUUUCGUAAACAUUCAUAAUUAAUCAACGGAAGGGUGCAAGAGUAUUAGAAUGUUUUAGAUUUUACGUUCUGUCGGUGUGUCGAGAAAUCUGUGGAUAUUUCAGAAUGAAACGAGUCAGCACAUAUCCAUUCUUCGAAGUCUUAUUGUUAAACUGUCGUUGAUCUCGUACAGCUACUUAAGUUUUAUUGGACGAAAGAGAAAUUCGACGAAAGACCCUUUACAUCCUCCUUCUCUUUCUCCCUUUUAAUCGACUUUGCUACCUACCAAAAUUUUUCUCGAAGAAUCGAUGCUUCUUCGUUAAGCUUCGAUCAAAAACUUUUCACGUAGAUUUUAUUCAACUUUCAUUUGUUAUUUGAACGUUUUGCUUUAGAUGAAAGUUAUCGUGUCAGCACGAUUAUUCGGAACGAAUCAACGUGUAAUUUCAAAUUUCAAUAGCUCGAGUAAUGUACGUGAUACCGCAGACGCUAAUUCAACGAGCCUAUUGUGUCGACAGUGUGUAUCCGGGUCACUUGUUUCUAGGAGCCGUUGUAUCUGCGUUCAUAUAUAUUCUAUAUACCUAUAGACAAAGAGAAAAAGAAAGACCCUCUUGAAAGCGUUCUCUUUUUCUCUGUUACAUUCAUUUGAGACUUUAAAUCCUGCUCCUGGAUAAUAAUCAAGCGAUUUUAAAUAUGACUUUUAGUAAUGUCAUCGUUUUCCUCAAGUAGAACUUGUACGUAAGUUAUUUAACGUGAAAUAAGUUUUUUGAUUUAAAAAAAGAGAUAUCUCGAGUAUUCACAACAGCUACGUCACUGGCAAAACGGGCGCCUCGUCCUCCCCCUCUCCCUCUCCCUCUCCCUCUCUCUCUCUCUCUGCCUUUCCCUCUCCCUCGCUUCCUCCCAACGUCUAGAAAUCCAAGCCAUUGUUAGAACGAACUCAGACUCCGCGGUUGUUUUCCUAAGGUCCCUCGCGGGAAAAAUCAAUGUCCAGUACCGUGUAGCGAGGGAUUUACCCACGUAGCUACGGUAUUGUUUUAAUAGGGCUCUAGUAUUUACCAUAGCGGCUUGAUCUUGAUCUGCUGUUUAUUGCAUCCCUGUGAAAGGCUGUGACCAGAUCCAGAUUUUCACGAAGGAUUUUUUAAAGACAUUUAAUCGUUCAUUGUAUCAUGGAAUUUGAUAAACGAAAAAGACAAGUAAAGAAGAAGAAAUAAAAGACGUUUUCGAUGACAAAAACUCGAUCGAAAAAAAAAAAUCAAAAAAAAAUUUUUGUGAAAAAAUAGAACGUUUCUUUUCUUCGAUGUUUCGUUUAUCGUCUUCGCCAAUCCUUCGAUGAGAGAAGAGCGUCCUUCAACAGUUCGAUGUCGUUACCAUUAAUUUUGAUAGCACAUAUGUGAGAAUGCGUAUGCGUGUAUGUAUGUAUGAGAAAGAUUAGAUAAAUUAGCGCGAAUGUUUGCGUUUGCCAAAGAGAAAAUGAAACGUGAGAGAAAUGUGAGAGCAAUGCUAAUUAAAAAGUAAAGUAUUAGUAGAAGAGUAAGUUAUAAAUAUUAAUAAGUACUUAGUGGAUGAUUAUUUAGAAAGUCCUAAGAUCGUUGCCUCACUGUGCCAGUAUUACAAUUAUAAUGCAAUUCUGCCGUAGUGACACACUGCCCGAAGUCGAUCUAGUUUUGCGUCAAAGAACUCGAGGACUCCGGCCGUGUUGCUUCUUUCGAUUUAUCCUCCUCGAUUAUCAGAACCAAAAUAUAAUAUUUGUGUUCGUAUCUACGUUCGGACGUUAAAGUCGAAUCUGCGUUUACAGUUGCAUUUAGUUUAUCGAUAAGAUAUUCCAGAAGAAAGAGAAGAAGAGAGA